ACAUGGCGGCUUCACGCCUCACCUAAGGCGAGCACGCGACACCCUACUCCAGCCGGCCGCCCUAAGCUACCACAGCGCCUGCGCUCCCGCUGCGGUGCGUCACCGCCGCUACCCAAUCAGAGAGAGGAUUCGGUCCCGAGAGCCAAUCCCCAGAGGGCCAGGGGACGGAGUCAGGGCGAUGGCGGCGGGGACGGACCUGAGCGGAGGGCUGGAGCCGGUGGCCGUGGCGCUAUGGCCGCCCUCGGAGGCCCCGCCGGCCUUUCAGUACAGCCCAGACAACGUAGCUGGAGCAGAUGGAGACAUUGAUCCCACUGAAAUCACCUUUCCAGGAUGUUCCUGUCAUACCAGCUCCUGUGUGGUUCACGUGUGCUCGUGCCUUUGCCGUGGUGCAAAUUACAACAGUUUGUGCCUGAGGCCUACAGAGGAAGAGGAGGAGUACGCCAGGCCUGUUUUUGAAUGCAAUGCCAUGUGCCACUGUGGUGAAUCCUGCCCAAACAGGGUUGUUCAGAGGGGUUUGCAGUUCAGACUUGAGGUGUUCAAGACUGAGAAGAAAGGGUGGGGUCUCCGUACACUAGAAUUCAUAGCUAAAGGAAGAUUUGUCUGUGAAUACGCUGGUGAAGUUUUAGGCUUUAGUGAGGCAUGUAGAAGAAUUCAGGCCCAGACAUCAAAGGAUUCAAACUAUAUUAUAGCAGUAAGGGAGCACCUCCAUAACGGUGAGACAAUGGAGACGUUUGUUGACCCUAUGUACAUAGGUAAUGUAGGUAGGUUCCUGAAUCAUUCCUGUGAACCCAAUUUAUUUAUGGUGCCAGUUCGAGUAGACUCAAUGGUGCCUAGGCUGGCACUUUUUGCAGCUACAGACAUUUCUGCUGGAGAGGAACUUUCAUUUGAUUAUUCUGGAAGAUUCUAUAAUUUAGCAGUAACUGACAAAGAACAAAAAUCCUUAGAGGAAGACAACAGACUGAGGAAACCUUGCUACUGUGGUUCCCGCACAUGUGCUUCCUUCUUACCUUGGGACAGCUCCCUCUUUUCCACACCAAAUGCUUGUUCAGGAAGCUCUCCAUAGGUUUUCAGGCUGUAAGCAUACCUGACAAGUAUGAUUUUCUCUAGCAGUUAUAUUGCAGUUAACUAAAACUGUGUAUUCCACCAAGAAAGCACCUGGUUUUAAGCAAUAACUAAAAGUCAAGAUACUGAGAAUAACUUCAUGCAACAUCCAGAGACUGCUUCUGAGGUGGGUGCCAUGAGGGAGUACUAGAGCUUCAGGAUGUUCCACAAUAAAGCCAGGCCUGAUA